AUGCCAAAGUCACGAGGACUAGUUUCAAUGCGUCGCGACACCGCCGCCGCUGUCGAGGACCGCCGCAGGGGCAACGAUGCUGACUGGUGGGCUGAUCUUCAAAACAACGAUACUGCCUAUGAUUAUAAUCAGCGACUCUCGCCGCAGGCCGCCACUAAACACCGACGCCGUCCAGCUGCCGCAAUUGCCGAUGAGGAGGAAGAACUCGAAGAUUGGGAGGUUGAUCCGGGCAGCUUAGAGGGCGAAAUUGUGCUCUGGGAGCCGGAGCACGAGGCCAACCCGCCGGGGCCCGACGACACCGUGCAAGUUACAGAUGAGCGCAUUGCGAUUACCGCCGACGCGAUUCAGAUGGUCGAGAUUAGAGACUCGGACGCUCGCUACGCCAAGCCGCUGACGAUGCCGUUCAUGGGGGCCGGACUCGUCGAUUUGCCUCCGGGCUCGGAGAAGCGGCCGAAAAAUUCGCGCAAGAUGCAUCUCGUGUUUUUUGUUCAUUACGGCAAAGUCACCGUCAGCAUCAACGAAGUGCAGUUUCGCAUCUCGGCGGGUGGCAUGUUUUUCGUCCCCCGCGGCAACUACUACAACAUUGCGAAUGACUACGACUUCCCUGCCAGAGUCUACUUUGCACAGGCGUGUGAGGUUUCAGCUUCGUCAGGGCCUACGGAGGAUAUGACGCAAACGAUCGUAACCUAA